AUUAUUCUUUUUACUUUUUAUUUAUAAUAUCCAAAAUUUAUUUUUAACGAAAAACAUUAAGUUACCAGUUUUAGUUACAAAGUAGAAUACUUCAAAAAUUAAAUUUUAAAUAGUUAGAUGAUUCCUAAUUAGACUAUAGGAUAUGUUUAGAACGUCAGUAUUAAUUAGAAGGAUUCAUAAUAAAGGAGGUCCUUCAGUCCUCCAGAGGGUACUUUUAAAAAUAUGGUUAAUUAAAAUCAAAUGUAGAUGAGCUUUGGUAAAAAUUAAAUCUCAGAUGGAUAAAAAAGUUAAUUUUAGCAUAACUCUGUUGUGUAGGUUGAUGUUAAUCCAGUUUAAGAUUAUUAAUAUGGAUAAACAAAAGUGAUUAUAAGAAAUUAAGGUCUUCAUAGCAAUUAAAAUAGUAGUGGCAAUAAUAGCUUGCAAUUAGGAUAGUUAUCAUCAAUACAAAAUAAUUCAGCUAAUUGUGUUAAUUUUAGUGAUUAAUUUAAUAACAAUCCUCUCAUAAAUUAGCUAAUGCAGGAAGAAAUAAAUUAAUAUGGAUCUGUAUAAUCAUUCUCUCCAUUAGUAAAUCGUAUGAUGACUGAAGAAUAGAAAUUUUAGUAGGGGUCAAGCAAUUCUAAGGAUAAUAAUAAUUUUAUCAACGGAGUAGGAGGUGGUAGUUUUUCUCCAUAAUAAUUUUAAAACUAAGUUGUUAAUCCUUAAUAGUAAGUAAUCUAAAUCAAUCAUCAAUAAAGUUAUUCAAAUUAAGUAUUAGAUUAGAAUAACUAGUCUUAGCCUAUAUAAUAGCAAUCCCUAUUGAAUGUUUCUGAGCGAUCUCUUAAUGCUAACUAAACACAAGUACACAGAGCAUUAAAUACUCAAAUUGCAAAUAGCCAAAUAAAUAAUAAACCAGUUAAUAUUCAAAAUACAAAUUCAUAAUAUUUAAAUACAAAUUAAUCUUCAAUAAUUAAUUCUAAUACAUAGAGAAACAAUUAAAGUGCUAAAAAUAUUUAUACUCAAUAACAUGAGUAUAAUCCUACAUAUAGCACAAACUAAACAAAUGCAGAUAUUCAACCUAAUUAGAUUGUUAUAGAAAGAAAAAAAGUAGAAAGUCUUAUUGAAUCAAAUAAUCUCCUUAACGGCUAAUUAACUAGCUUAUAAAAAGAUCUUGAUAUUAAAGAAAAGGCACUCCAUAAUACAUAUCAUAUAGCAUUUUUGGAUUGUAAAGAGCAAAAACUGGAUUUCAUGCAGAUCAUAGAAUCAUAUGUUUUAUUGUGUGCAGAAAAUGAAAAGUUAUCGUACGGGUAUAUUGAAAAACUUAAAGUAAUUGAUGAAUUAAAUAUGGAAAUAGGUGAAUUAAUUUAGUAAAAAGAAGAUUGGAAAACUUUAUACGAAGGUAAAUGCCUCGAAUUAACUAGUUCAUAAUCUCAAGCUAACAAUACCAAAUAAAGGGAUGAUCUAAUAUAAAAAUUAGAGGAAGAAAAUGAGAAGUUAAGAUUUGAUUUAGAAUUAGAAAUGAGAGAAAAAGAGGAAUUAAAGCUUAUUCAUGAUGAAUAAAACAGCAUUCAACAAAAUUUACCUGAAGUUAAUCUAAAAGUGUGUGAUCUUGAAGACAAAUUAUUAAAAAUAUUAGAUGAAAACCAAUAACUAAAUACAAUGCUAAGAGAAAGAGUAGACGAAGUAGAAUACCUUCAAAAUACAAUAAAGUAGAUAUAAGAAUAGUUUUAGGAUUAAACUACAAAUGACUCUAGAUUUUAAAAAGUUGUAAAAGACUUGGAGAAUGAAAUAAGAAGAAUGGAUGAAAGGAUGGAGGAAUUGAUAAAAGAAAAAGAAAAUAUUAUCAAUGCAAAGGUUUCAAUUGAAGAAGAAAAUAACUAGUUAAGAAUUUAGUACUAGUUAAAAAGACAAGAGUUUGAAGAAUAUAAAAUAUCAUAGGGAAAUUCCUCAGCUUUAGAAAUAUAAAUCAAAAGGAAAUAAGAGUAAAUUGAAGAGUUACUUUUAAAGUUGGAGAGAGCUUAGAAGAAUUUUAGUGAAGUUUAAGAAUAAAAAGAAACACAUUUAUUUGAAUCUAAUAGUCUUAAAGAAGCUCUUAACAAAUUAGAAAAAAGAUAUGAAGAAAAACAGCAUGAAAAUAUGGAUUUGUUAACAAAAAAUACAGAGCUUUAAAAUUAAAUUAAGUAACUUAAAGGUGAGAAGGACUUGAGCUUUUUAGAAAAAGAUUUAUAAUAAAUUUCUUUUGAAAAAAAGUAGCUAGAAAUAGCACUCAACGAGUAAUAAUAUGAAAAAGAAAGGAUAAAAGCAUAGCUUGAUUCUGCAAGGAAAGAAAUUGAUGGAUUUAAUAAAUAAAUUUUAAUUUAAAAGCAAAAAUAAUCUGAAAUCGAAUUAUAAUAUUAAGACCAAAUCGAAAAAUUGAAGUAAGAGUAAUUCAAAGAAUCUGAGAACUAUCGCUUUAAAGCAAAAAUUGAGGUUUAAGAAGAAGUGAUAGCUUCAUUAAAAGAAAAAAUUAGCUUUUCAGAAGAGAAACUAAAUGAAAAGCAACUUGAAAUAGAAGAAUAAAAGCUUCUAAUAAAAGAGCUUAGGACAAAGAUAGAUAGAUUUAACAUGAUAGAAAAUACACUCCACACUGUAGAUAAAGAAAACUAAACACUUCAACAGUAGAAAUAAGAAUUAAUUUUAUAACUUUAAAAUUUGCAGGUAAUUUUCCAAUUUUUGAUAUUUAUGUAAAUUUAGUUAAAUAAUUGUAGGAAAAAUUGCUAAGGAUUAGUAUAGAGAAUGAGAGGUUACAUAAAGUUAUAGAAGAGUUAUCUAGUUAGGUUGAUUCAUCAAAACAAAAGUUAGAAAAUCAAGAUAAGUUUAAUUAAAUAGAAAUUCAAAAAAUGGAAGAAGACAUGA